AUGCAGAAAAAGAAUAAAAAUAAAAUUGUAGAACAAGAAGUUGAGGAAAUUGGCAAUAAACAACAACAACAAUUAGCUUUGGGGACUAGAAUUGUUCGAAGUGUCAGUGAUUAUAAAUCCUCUGCUGCAGACCAACAAUCACAGCAAGAAUUAAAUAAUUUAAGAAAAUCUAGGACAACAACUAAUGCCUUCCAAUCAAAUAAAAAUAUUGAAAAUUCUCCAGAUUCUUUAAAUGAUGAGAGUUUUUCUAAUGGAAUACAAAAAAUUGAUGAUCUCUUUCAUUAUUCUGAUGAUGGCGGUUUUAGCUCUUUUAAUUUGUCUUUAACUGGUGGGGCUAAUGCACCAAUUGUUAAAAUGAAUGAAAUAUGUUCUGGGGCUUCAAUUGACAGUGAAUCUGUAAAUGGAACUAAAUUUGAGAAACAAGAAGUAGAAAAACAAAAAGAGGAAGAAGAAAUAAUUGGAGGGGGAGGAGGAGUUUCUAGUAGUAGUAAUAUAUUAGUUACUACUACAACAAAAUCCUCACUUCGAACAUUGGUCUGA